AUGUCUGCCCCUGACCAAGACGGUCGCACCGUCGCCCUCCUCCGCGAGCACCUGACCCCGAUACCGCCCCUCUCCGAAUCCACAUCCACCCUGACGAGCUUCUUCUCCUCCUUCGGUACCAACCCGGACGACCCCAAAGUCAUCCUCCUCGGCGACGCCUCCCACGGCACGUCCGAGUUCUACGCCGCGCGCGCCGAGCUGACCAAAUACCUGAUCGAGCACCACGGCGUGAACGUGGUGGCCGUCGAGGCCGACUGGCCCGACGCCGAGGCGGUCGACCGCUACGUGCGGCACCGCCCGGGGCCCGGCCCGCGCGCCGACAUCGGCCCGGAGGCCGAGACGCGCAAGCACGGGCGGGAGCCGGCCUUCAUGCGGUUCCCGACGUGGAUGUGGCGGAACCAGGAGGUGCAGCACUUCACCGAGUGGCUGAGGGCGUGGAAUCGGGGGAAGGAUCCCAAGGCGCCCGAGGCGGUCGGGUUUUAUGGUUUGGAUCUGUAUUCGCUGGGCGCGUCGAUGAAGGCUGUGGUUGACUACCUGGACACGGUGGAUAAGGAGAUGGCCGACAAGGCGCGGGAGCGGUACAGUCGCAUGAUGGCGUGGGCCGAGGAUCCGCAUGAGUAUGGCCUGGAGGCGCUGGCGAGCGGGUUCAAGGGGUGUGAGAAGGACGUGGUGAGGAUGCUGAGGGAUCUCUUGGCCAAGAGGCUAGAGUAUGCUGUUGUGAGCGGGGACGGGGAGGAAUUCCAUAGUGGAGAGCAAAAUGCGCGGUUGGUGAGAGACGCGGAACGGUACUAUAAGGCCAUGUACUACGGCCGGGACGAGUCCUGGAAUCUGCGGGACACCCACAUGUUUGAGACGCUAGUGCGCGUACUCAAGCAUCGCGGCAAGAAUGGGCCAGUCAAGGCGGUGGUGUGGGCUCACAACAGUCACGUUGGCGAUGCCCGCGCCACGAGCAUGGGCUGGGCUCGCGAGGAGCUCAAUAUCGGACAGUUGAGCAAAGAGACGUUCGGUAAGCAGGCACUCAACAUCGGGUGCAGCGGCAACACGGGAACGGUUGCGGCGGCUCGGCGGUGGGAUGGCGACAUGCAGGUGAUGCGAGUGAAUCCCGGCCUUCCCGGCAGCUAUGAGGACUUGAUGCACAAGACAGGAGUCAGGAGCUUUGUCCUUGACCUCAGGGAAGGCUGCUGCAACGAGGAGCUGAGAAAGGCACUCAUGAAGAAGCGGCUGGAGCGCUUCAUUGGGGUCAUCUAUGCUCCACACACCGAAAGGCAGUCGCAUUAUUCUUCGGCAGUGCUGCCGGAGCAGUUUGAUGGCUUCAUUUGGUUUGAUGAAACCAGACAUGUCGGCGCGCUUGAAGUCCAUCAGCCUCAUGUACCGCUCGAGUACGACGAGACGUGGCCGUUUGGGCUCUGA